AUGAACAUGGACCAAGAUGAUUUGUCAAUCUGCAACCCGAAUCCUCAACGUCUUGAUGGACCACAAUUGCUACAUCAGCUGGUCACCGCUCCAAGUGAUGAGGCUGCAAUAGAGCACUUAUCCGAUGAUAAAGAAGCCUCGUUCUCAUACAGGGAACUCCAUGAUGGCUCCGAUGUUCUUUGCGAUGUCAUCGGAUCUCUACUGUCAACCUCAGACCAGGCUGAAGAGGAUAUAGUCAUCCCAGUUCUAAUACCCCAAUCUCCUCAACUUUACAUUUCUCUUCUGGCAAUUCUGAAAGCUGGUGGUGCCUUUUGCCCCUUGAAUAUUGAUGCGCCCCCUGAGCGCAUCAAGUUUAUCCUGAAGGAUGUCUCAGCCCAGGUCGUGCUUUCAACUCAGGAAUUAUCUUACAAGAUACCAUCAGAUUGCAAUGCCAAAGUUAUACAAGUCGAUGCGGAAAACUUCCCGCCGCGGCAAGAGGGAAAGUUGUUCUACAAGUCGGAGCCAGACCCUGAGCGCUUAGCAUAUGUUAUGUAUACAUCAGGGUCUACUGGCACGCCGAAAGGCGUUGGCUUGACUCACAGUGCAGCGACUCAAGCUCUUCUAGCCCAUGAGAAGCAUAUUCCCGAGUUUUCUCGAUUUCUCCAAUUUGCCGCUCCAACUUUUGAUGUAUCUGUUUUCGAGAUUUUCUUCCCUCUCUUCCGCGGCAGCACUCUAGUAUCCGUAAACAGGGAAGAGCUUCUCAACGACCUGGCUGGGAUUAUCCGGCGAAUGAAAGUUGAUGCCUGCGAAUUGACGCCAACUGUUGCGGGGAGCUUGUUGAAGAAGAGAGCAGCGGUACCAGAACUGAAGUUGCUAUUGACUAUUGGCGAAAUGCUCAAAACGCCGGUUGUACAAGAGUUUGGCGGUGACAAUUCUCGCGAAAGCAUGUUGUGGGCCAUGUACGGACCGACUGAAUCAUGCCUCCCGGCCAACUCAUCCCCAGGUAGCAUCGGGAUUCCACUUGACACAGUGUCUUGCUUCAUAAUUGAGCCUGCAAAAUCCCCAAGUGAGAGUCAAACCUUUCAACUUCUCCCCCGAGGCACGCCAGGAGAGCUUGCUGUUGGAGGCUUCCAGCUUGCUCGAGGCUAUAUCAACAGAGCAGAGCAAACUUCAUCAGCCUUCAUUGACUCACCGUAUGGAAGAGUGUACCGUACUGGAGAUAGAGCUGUGAUGAAAGUCGACGGCACAUUGGAGUGCCUUGGCCGACUGUCAGAUGGACAAGUAAAACUUCGGGGCCAACGAAUUGAACUUGGGGAGAUUGAGCAUGCAGCGUUGAGAACGCCUGGCUGUCAUGAUUCCAGCGCCUCAGUGGUGGACUCACAACUAAUUCUUUUUUGUGCUGCCGACCAAGGUGUAUGUGUGGAUGAUGUCCAAUCUAACUGCAUGUCAUGGCUACCUCAGUUUAUGGUGCCCAAUGAGAUCAUCAUUAUGAAAGAAUUUCCUCGACUUCCUAGUGGAAAAGUUGACGCAAAGAAGCUUAGGGACGAGUUUGUUCAACGGAAGUCGACUGACACCUCUGCCAAUGGCGAUUUGGAUAUUUCGAAUCAGCAAGACAGAGAGGUGGUGAAUAUCAUUUCAGAGAUAGUCGGCCGACCGGUCAAACUUGGCACUGUCUUGUCCUCCGCGGGAUUGGAUUCGCUUUCAGCAAUUAGACUGGCUUCCAUUUUUCGACAAUUGGGUUUCAAGAUUUCCGCGACAAGCUUGCUGAAGUAUCGAACAGUAGGAGAUGUAUGCAUUAACUUACGGCACCCCAUCGAGCGAUUACAAACACUCUAUGAUAAGAGUACGCAACGGAUCAAUUUUGAAUCCACGAUCAAACAGCAUUCGCUGCUAGUGGAUCUCAGUCAUUUAAUUGAAAGAGCCACGGAAUGCACAUGGUUACAGUCUGCCAUGUUGGCCGAGACACAACGGACCCCAGACAUGUAUUGCAAUGAAAUGCUUUUCGAGACGUCUUCGGUCGUGUCACCACAAAAUUUAUACGAUGCAUUUGAACGAGUAAUAGAGUCCAACGAAAUACUGAGAACAGGCUUUGUGCUUUGGGACGGACAAUAUGUUGCCGUUGUGUUCUCCUCCCGUUUCAACAACCAGAUUACCUUGCAAUCGGAAUGUCAGCAUGGGUUCAACUUUCGAGAGCCGGUGGACUUUUUGCAGCCGUUUCGCGUCCAGAUAAUGGCGCGUGGCGAAAAUUUGUCACCAACCGUGCUCAUUCACGCCCACCACGCAAUUUACGAUGGGUGGUCGAUGGACAUGAUUCUUUCAGACGUCUCGAGUGUGGUCGAAGGAAAUACAAUUCCAGCUCGUCCACAGUUCAGAUAUGUGCUUGAUUUUCAACAACACAUUGGAAAAGCAUCUGAAGAUGCGUCCCGAGCCUUCUGGAGUAGUAAUCUUCUCGGAUGGAACAAAGCCUCUGCCCCUAAACUCAUGGGUCGAACACCGCAGAAUCAGAUUCUGUCGUUCGAGACUUUCUUUAACAUAUCUCCAGAGAGUGUGCAAGAAAUAUCCAUUUCCCAUGAAGUAAGCAACCAAGCCGUUUUUCAGGCGGCACUAGCCAUAGCAUGGCAAGGGGUCGUGGGCAGUCCAGAUAUCUUACUUGGCUCAGUUGUCUCUGGGCGGACCAUACCAGUGGACGAUAUCGAGCACAUUAUUGGCCCUUGUAUCGCAUCUAUGCCUCUAAGAGUAGAUACCAGCAACAUGAAUGCGAUAAUCGAUGUCCUAAAGGGUAUUCAUUCCAACAACCGCGCUGCUAUGGAGCACAGCAAUUUGCCUUUAUCAGAUAUCCGCAAACUCGCAAACCUUACGCAGACAGAAUCCUUAUAUGAUGUCUUAUUCGUGUACCAGCAAUCUUUAUACGAGCCGCAGAUGCAACAAGGCAUCUUCAAAGCAGUCAGGCACAAAGAUAAGCUCGAGACAAAGCUACUGGUAGAGGUGGAACCUCAGAAGAACGGAUAUGCCGUCCAGAUGACAUAUCACACAGCAUUUCUCAGUCCUGAUUUUGUGACUAUGUUGGCACAACAGGUACAAGAGCUAUGCAGGCAAAUAAUAUCAGACCCCACACGACCACUGGCAGCACUAAGGAGAAUCGAGAACGUGGACCUGUCCAUUUAUAGCGAACAAACUGCGAUUGAAGAUGAACCUGCUGAUAUGAAUGCUCUUCUCAAUGCAUCAUUCGCCCGAAACCCUGACGCAGAAGCUUUGCGAUUUGUCUCAUAUGAUUUGGACCAAAUAUUACAAACCACGACACUGACAUAUUCGGAUUUGAGUGAUCGUGCAAACAAAAUUGCUCAUCACAUACGCAACUCUGGGGUCCAAGAAGGCGAAAUUAUUGCCAUUAUCAUGAAAAAGUCAGCUAGUUUAUACGUGUCGAUUCUAGCUACAAUUAAGGCCGGCUGUGCUUACCUGCCCAUCCUUCCAGCCACGCCUCCGGAGCGUAUGCACGAAAUGCUUCGCCAAUCGAGAACAAGAUAUUGUAUUGUGGACGAUGAGGCGGUUCGCACCUCAACCCUUUCUGGAACUAUUACGUUUCUGAAUAUUGCCUCCGCGCCACUUGACAGUCUGCCAUCACAUACCCCAAUUGUCCGCCCAGACCCUCAGCGCCUCGCAUAUGUCAUUUUCACUUCAGGAACCACCGGCGUGCCUAAAGGUGUCGCAAUUUCGCAAAGAAGUCUGGCUAGCAACAUUGCCUACUUGGAAUCUAUCUACCCGAAGUCAUCCCAAUGCCCUCGACUUCUGCAAGCAUGCUCACACGCCUUUGACGUCUCUGUUUUCGAAAUCUUUUACGCGUGGUAUGCUGGAAUGAGUCUAUGCGCUGCCGAGAACGACGUUAUCUUUGGGGAUCUCGAACGUUGGAUCAGAGACCUACAAAUUACACAUCUCAGCCUUACUCCCACAGUUGCAGCUCUUGUAGACCCCGAAAAUGUACCUCAAGUGGAAUUUCUUGUUACUGCGGGAGAACCUAUGACAUCGUUGGUUCUCGAUAGAUGGGGCAGUUUGUUGUUUCAAGGAUAUGGUCCCUCUGAAACGACAAACAUAUGCAGCGUCAAGCAGAUGUCCACGAGCGAUAAUGUCGAACAUUUGGGCUGGGUUUUCCCCAACACGUCCGUGUACGUCAUGGCACCAGGCAGCCAAGAUGUAUUGCCACGGGGCUGGGUAGGAGAGUUCUGCUUUGGUGGCAGCCAAGUAGCGAACGGGUACAUAAACAACAAAAGCUUGACAGCCGAGAAGUUUAUUGGGCAUCAUUUAUUCGGCAGAAUCUACAGAUCAGGGGACAUGGGAAGAAUGCUUCCUGACGGCUCAUUAAUCAUUAUCGGUCGACUGGACGAUCAAUUGAAGCUUCGAGGGCAGCGAAUAGAGGCUGAAGAAAUCAAUAGAGUCCUAACCGAUACAGAGUUAGUGGCUGGCGCAGUAACUGUUUUGGCUCAGAGCAAGAUUGGCCGGUCAGACCAGUUGGUAACAUUCUACAAGCCAUUGGAAGGUGCUCGAUCUUUGGGGCCAAUAGAAAUAUCACCGAAGCGUAAUCACAUGUUGUUUGCGACGCUGAGAUCUAAAUUAUCUUCAUACAUGAUACCUUCUUACCUUAUCCCGGCAUCACAUAUCCCCAUGACAUCGAGCGGGAAGGUGGAUAGGAGACAAUUGUUGCAAUGGUUCGACGCAUUGUCAACGUCAUACCUUGAGACCGCAUCUAUAACUCUCAGACAACCGAACGAUGUGGGUGACUGGACUGGUAUUGACUGUCGCAUUGCAGAAGCCAUCGUUGAGUCAAUGAAGGUUCCUCAAUCCGAGAUUGGGCGAUGGACUCCGUUCCUCGCCCUCGGCAUCGACUCAAUAUCUGCUAUCAGCCUGGCCAAGUCCUUAAGCAGGCAGGUAGAAUUCGAAGUCCCAAUAUCUGCAAUUUUACAGAACCCAACUGUUGCUCAACUAGGUCACUACUUAUCAACGAUAAGCGACAGAAGACCUGCACAGAUCCACACCAAGACACAGCUGUCCAUAGAAGCCUUUGAAACAGAAGUCUCUGGCAUCGUUCAAGGACAGUUGGAUAACGUAGAAGCUAUUUUGCCUUGCAUGCCACUACAAGAAGCAAUGCUGCUACAGGGACAAGAGAGUUACUACAACAGAAUACUUCUCCGCUUACAAGUGUCUCCAGCAGACAUGCAAUCCUAUUGGCGGCAAAUGUCGAAAAGACAUGACAUUUUGAGAACCUGUUUUGUAACGACAAUGAGAGCGUCACAUCCCAUUGCUCAAGUCGUCUUGCGUGAGUGGGAACUUCCUUGGAAAACAUUUGAAGUUACUGUUCCCUCACUUGAAGGUGCAAGCCGAGAGCACCUCGAUUCCCUCCCAGACCCAUUGGAUUCAAUGACCCCUCCAUGUUCACUAGGUAUUAUUCGUUACAAGGGAUUAAACUUCUUGUCUUUCAUAUGUCAUCAUGCUUUGUAUGAUGGCAUAGCCAUGGAAAACAUCUGGAGAGAGGUGGAAGCGCUGGCUCGAGGUCGCACACUCCAAGACGCUGUGCCAUACAAGCCAUUUUUGCAACAGGCAUUAUCACUGCCUGCCGAUGUGGAAACUUUCUGGCAGGGUCACUUUCGUGGAUUUCGAGAGUCUGCCACUUUUGCAAGGUCAGCACGAUCAAGUUUCAAUCAAAGCACCAACACUGUAUCAAUUGAUAUGAGCUUCAAAGAAAUACAGCAAAGAACCCGGUCAAUAGGGGUAUCACUACUUUCCCUUUUUCAAGCUUCCUGGGCUGCAGUUCUGGCUUGUGUAUAUGAUGAGCCAGAUGUUGUUUUUGGAAAUGUUGUUAGCGGCCGAACUCUUGGUGUGGAAGGGGUUGAUAAAUUGGUCGCGCCCUGCUUCAACACCAUUCCCCUUCGUAUGGACACAUCGCAGAGCGUGCAGAAUGUCGACCUGGUCAAAGCCUUCCAAAGGUUGAAUUCGAUGCUACUUCCGUAUCAAUUUUCUCCGCUGAAACUUGUACGAAAAGUUAUAGGGGUUAGACGUCGACCUCUUUUUGACACUCUACUUCUUCUUCAACAACCUCUGAAAGAAAUGGACAAGAAUAUAUGGACGCUUGAAGAGGAUUGUGGAAAUAUGGAUGUUCCUGUUGUGUGCGAAGUCGUUCCCUGUCCCAAUUUGAAUUCCGUCGUGGUGAAUUUGCAUUACGAUAUGGAUAUGAUAACCGCCGAUCUCGCGACAACCAUCUCGGAUAUGUUUAAGUUCAUGACGAGAUCUAUUUUGACGUUCCCUUUCAGACCCAUAUCAAACCGCUCGACUAUCCCGACAGCCUUUUCACAGAGUUUAACAGGUCUGAUCUUGAAAAAAGACAAGCGCGAAGAUCUUGAUCAGCAUGCCGCAGCUACUGGCCGGUGGUCCAACCUUGAAAUGGUCGUGAGAAAGGCUUUUGCCAAUAUCUCAGGACUAUCUGAAACUGCCAUCCGCAGAGAAACCACUAUUUUCCAGCUUGGGUUGGACAGCAUCAACGCGGUUCAGGUCGCAUCAUCACUGCGAGCUCAAGGCCAUAGCGUCUUGUCGUCUGAUGUCAUAGAAUGUUCCAGCUGCAUGAAAUUAGCCUCAAGGAUAAACCAAAACUCAGAAAAGCUGCACCGAAAGAACGUUCAUACAGACUUCACCAUAUUUCAGAAACAAGUGAAGUCGCAAGUUGAGAAGAGCGUGCCUUUCUCUUCCGAGAUUGAGACAAUUCUUCCGUGCACUGCCUUGCAGAAUGGCAUGUUGGUCGCAUUCAAGGAUUCCGAGGAGGGACAAUACCUCAAUUCACUGUCUCUUAUGAUACAGGCUCCUGUAGACACCGACCUUCUUAUCUGCACAUGGAAGCAACUUCAAGAACAGCAUCCAAUGCUACGCACUGGUUUCGUACAUGUCUCCAGCGCAGAGAGCACGUUUGCAAUGGUCAGACACAAAACAACUCGGCUAGCACAUCCGAUCACCACGUUCAAGGCAAGCUCCUCCGCAUCAUUUGAUUUGGAAGAUUGGAAAACAGAAUGGAAUUCUUUCAUUCUUGAAAAUCUACAUGAACCGCCUUGGAGGGUCGCCUUGGUUGAUGACGGUGAGCGUACCUCAAUGCAUGUUCUGAUACACCACGCCCUGUAUGAUGCACAGUCCUUGGAUGGUCUUCUGGGCGGACUGUCGGAUCUGGUUCAAGGGAAACCGUGUACUUUCCCCCGGAUUGAGCCGGUUCUGGCAGAGAUCUUGUCCAGAGAACAAGAAAAAGCCUUGGAAUCGAAAGAGUUCUGGGAAAGCCAGGCAUCCAGGGCGGUAGUCAAUUCCUUCCCGACGAUGACCCCCCUGCGAGAGCAAUCAGGAGAAAUUAUUGUCAGGGAACAGACGUCAUCAAUAGCCUUCGGAGAGCUGCAAGACGCAGUUCAAGCAAUUGGAGUAUCAGUACAGUCUGUGUUACAGGCGAGCUGGGCUCGCAUAUUAGCCUCAUACUUGGGCGAACGUUCUGUUGUCUUUGGGAUUGCCUUAGCCGGAAGGACAACAGAUCUCACAGAAAAUGCCCCAUUCCCAUGCAUCACAACAGUUCCCAUCAUUGCAGAGGCAAAAGAGUCUAACAUGCAAUUGAUUAAAUGUAUGAUGGAGUACAAUACUAGCGUACAUAAGUACCAGUUUGCACCUUUGGCGCAGAUCCAGAAAUGGAUGGGGUAUCCAGGGACUCCUGUUUUUGAUACCAUUUUAGUCUACCAGAAGAAAAGCAGCUCACACCUAUGCAAUCAGCAGUGGAAGCUGGUAGCAGAUCACCCGUCAGUGGGAUACACGGUUUCACUCGAGGUCGAAUCGGGUGAGAAUGAUCGACUUUGCCUUCGGUUAACGACGAGAUCUAACAUUGUACCACACCAACAAGCAAAACUUUUGCUGUCGCAGUUCGAUGCUGUGUUAUAUCACUUACUGAGGCAGCCAAAUGCGACUGAGAACGACCUCUACCAGUCACAACCAAACUUGUUUUCCAUUACUCCUGCGCAAAUCCCCACGAUCGAAACUCCAGUGGAGUUCGUACACCAGUUUGUCGAGAGAAAUGCGGAUCUUCAGCCUGACUCCCCAGCUCUGGAGUUUGUUUUCGAUUUCUCUAAAACCCUGGGCUCCAAAAGAAUGUGGACUUAUAAGCAACUUGAUGGCCUCGGAAACCAAGUGGCACAUCUGUUGUCCAAAGUUACUGGGAUUGGAAGCAUCGUGGCCAUUCACUUCCCCAAAUGCCCAGAAGCGUAUUUCUCAAUAUUGGGUAUCCUCAAGGCUGGGUGCGCUUUUUUGGCUCUCGACCCUAACGCUCCUGUAUCAAGAAAGGAGUUUAUACUCGCUGACUCAAAGGCGGCAUGCCUAUUGACAAGCAAGCAUUCCGACGUAUCGUUUGUUGAUGGGACGCCAGUCAUUGCCAUUCAAGAAGAGGAUCUCUGGUCGUAUCCAACUGGCCGCAUUUUGCACACAGAUGAAUUUACGCCAAAUAACACUUGCUAUUGCCUGUAUACCUCGGGGACGACUGGAACACCAAAGGGGUGUGAAAUUACGCAUGAAAAUACUGUUCAAGCCAUGAUGGCAUUUCAACACCUGUUUCAGGGCCACUGGCAGAGAGACUCUAGGUGGUUACAGUUUGCAGCACUCCACUUCGACGUUUCAGUAUUGGAACAAUAUUGGACCUGGUCAGUUGGUAUCACAGUCGUCGCCGCGCCGAAAGACUUAAUACUCGAUGACCUUGUAGGUUCCAUCAACAAAAUGGGGAUCACACACAUCGAUUUGACGCCUAGUCUGGCACGCUUAACUCACCCGGAUCAGCUUCCAAAUUUAUGUAAAGGUGUUUUUAUCACGGGCGGAGAGCAACUGAACCAGGAAAUUUUGGACGCCUGGGGCCCGAAAGCAGUGAUUUACAAUGCUUACGGGCCAACUGAAGCGACUAUAGGGGUUACCAUGUACCCACGAGUUCCGAUUAAUGGUCGGCCAAGCAAUAUAGGAAGGCAAUUCCCAAAUGUUGGGUCUUAUGUAUUUCAUAGUGGCACCGACAUUCCAGUAUUAAGAGGUGGCGUUGGGGAGCUGUGUGUUUCGGGCAAGUUGGUUGGUAAAGGGUAUCUGCAUCGGCCAGAGUUGACAAACGAGAGAUUCCCAAACGCGGCACAAUUUGGGGAGAGAAUUUAUCGGACCGGAGAUCUAGUGAGAAUGCUCUAUGAUGGAUGUUUCGACUUCCUCGGGAGAGCUGACGAUCAAGUCAAGCUGCGGGGCCAGCGUCUAGAGAUUGGGGAGAUCAACCAUAUCAUUCGAAGCAAAACUCGAGGAGUUCAAGAUGCUGCCACUCUCGUUUUACGCCACAGAAAUAAGGAUGUCUUGGUUGCAUUUCUAGUUGGGGACGGAGAAAGACCACUCGAACUCUACGCCGUAGCAGAUGGAGAUGCGCUCGGUCCCAAAUCCCGAAAGACAUGUGUGGACAACCUACCUGGAUAUAUGGUUCCAACGUACUUCAUUCGGUUGUCGUAUAUUCCCCUUUCGCCAAACAACAAAGUUGAGGCCAAAGAGCUGAAGACACUGUUCCAAAAUCUGCAUCCAGACGAACUCAUGCAGCUAACUGGGCGGGAGUCAGCGUCCUUGGGAAGCCAUGUUGAUACGACUGUUAUCAGAGCCAUCUCGAGAGCUCUAACAGAUUUCAGCGGCAUGCCUACAUCCCAAAUCACUCCAUCAACGAGUAUAUUCGAUUGCGGGGUUGACUCGAUAUCCGCGCUGCAGCUCUCUGCAAUGUUGAAAGACAGGGGUUUCCCUACUGCCUCACCAGCUAUGCUGCUGCGAAACCCUAUUGUGUCAGAUCUAGCGGAAUCGAUUUCCCGCCCUGUUGAAUCCACCAAGACACAUGAUGAUAAACAAGAAAUCAAGCAGUCACUACGAGCAUUCCAACACAAACAUCGUGCUUUUGUCUGCCGCGAGCUGCGGAUGAAACCCGACGAUAUCGAAUAUAUUGCGCCUUGCUCACCACUACAGGCAGGCAUGUUAUCGGCUGCUGUUGCAGAGGAAGAUUCUACAUCAUAUUUCAACUGGUUUGAUUUGUCCAUCAAAGAUGGCGUGCCAAUUGAGGAUGUUCGUCGGUGCUGGCAAAGGACCAUUGAAAACAAUUCGAUACUGCGAUCUGUCUUCGUAAAAUCAACUGAUGGGUACCUUCAAGUCGCUUUGCACCGAGUGGAUAACGUGUGGCAUUCCUUAGUUGGCAAUGAUGAGAACAGCGUUGGUGAUAUCUUGGAGAAUAGGAGAUUGAGCUGGGUUAGAGCUAAUAGUACCUCACAUGCCCUGUCGCCACUGCAACUUAUUCAGAUAGAUGGACCGAACAGCCGCAAAAUCAGACUCCACAUCUUUCAUGGACUAUACGAUGGCAACAGCUUCGAACUUAUGAAUCAUUAUGCGUCAUGCAUCUAUCAAGAUGGGAUACCUCCAUCUGGACCUAGCUUUCUUGAAGCAAUGUCACACGGUCCUUUGCGCAGUUUUGAGUUCUGUCGACCCUUUUGGACUGCGCAUCUACAAAACUGGCGCCAAUGUGGACUUCCCAAAGCUCGCCCUUCCAACACCAAUAAUACGGGAAUCUUGUCAUCGUCUAGUUGUCUUCCGGUGGAACCUCUGGAAAAUUUACGACGCCAGCAGAAUGUGACACUUCAAACAGUUGUGUUAUCUAUCUGGACAAUAGUUCUGCAAAAGUACAUAUCAUCGUCACUCACAACCGGCAUUAUUGUAGCUGGCAGAUCGUUAGACUUGCCGCAUGUUGAGAACACCAUUGGUCCGCUAUUUAACACCGUUCCAUUUUUCAACUACUCAUUCAAUGGUUUAAGUUGGGGCAUGCUUGUGCGUCGUUGUCACGAGUUCAACACGGAUAUACUUCCUUUCCAACAUGUGCCACUACGCGACAUUCAGAAAUGGUGCUCAGGUGGCCGGUCUUUGUUCGACAAUCUCUUCACCUUCCAACUCGAGAACUCGGAAUCUGCAUUAGACAAUUUACCCUGGACGAUAACGACCCAGGACCCGAACAGUGUUGGCUACGCACUGGCGUUUGAGGCUACUCGGACAAGGGAUGAGCAACUCAGGCUCCACAUUGUUGCUCGUUCAGAUGUUGCAGAUUAUGGGAUCUUACAGCAGAUGUUGGGUCAUUUCGAACAGGUUAUGUCAACCGUUAAAGCUGACACAAUCAUUGACACAUCGACAGGCAGUGAAUUGAGUCUUGGCUCUUUGGUCGGAUCCGAGGCAGCCAGCUCAGUGAAUUUCUCUGCUCGCGGGACGCUUCCUUGGACACCAAUCAGCCGGGUAAUAAGGGAUGAGCUCUGUGCAUUUGUCAACGUGCCCCCAGAAGAGACAUUUCCUGAUACAGCAAUGCUAGACUUGGGUGUUGACAGUAUAGACGCCAUCAAGAUCUCAGCUAGGCUUUCAAGGCGGAACAUAAAAGUCUCUGCUUCCCAAAUAAUGCGCCAUCAGACGAUCUCGGGUAUUGGUUCUGUCGCUACGACUUCGGGCACUGAAGACUCUCCAAAACUCCUGGGGGACUCGUCAUGUGUUGACCUACAAAGUCGACUGCAUUUGUUAGUCAAAACUCGGGGAGUCGACAUGGACAAUGUAGAACAUGUCCUACCUCCGACAGCACUGCAAGAGGCCAUGGUCGCACGAAUGAUUCAAUCGGAUUUCGAAUGGUAUUUUAAUCACGAUAUUCUAAAAUUGGACCCAGAUGUGAGUCUGGAUCGAUUAAAAGAGGCCUGGUCCAAACUUAUCCGAGCUUCGCCGAUCCUUAGGACAGCCUUCGUUGAAAUUGACGACUGUGAGCUCGACAUGUCCUACUGUCAAGUCGUCCACAGACAAGCCGAGGUGCCUAUUAUCAUGGAUGAACUCUCCGAAUUCUCUAGUGUACAUGAUCUCAUUUCAACAGCCACAGAGACUGCGCGCCGUGAUCAGGGGAGAAGCGGCCUCUUUCAAGUGAUUCUCGUUCCGAUUGCUGGUCAAAACUACAUGAUUCUUUCCAUGGCGCACGCACUAUACGAUGGGUGGUCAUUGGCUCUGAUAUAUGAUGACCUACAAACAGCCUAUGAAUCGGAUCUAACGCCACGGAAAUACGACGAAGUUCUCGUUUCCCAGCAAUUCUUGCGUGGAACCUCUGACUAUGGUGGCUUCUGGGAAACAUACCUGGCCAAAGCUAGCCCAACAGUCUUUGAGGCGAAAGAGUCUGCGCCGGCAACAAGUUCAAGUGAAAUUUCCAGGGUUGAGAUGCCAUGCUCCAAAUCUCUGGCCGAAAUAACCCGCUUUUGCAAGAAGAAAUCAAUAAGCCUUCAAGCAAUAUGUUUGGCUUGUUGGGCGGCAGUUGCUGCCCAUUUAACACAUUCUUUGGACAUAGUUUUCGGGGUUGUUCUAUCCGGUCGGGACUUCGAAGGUUCCGACGACCUAAUGUUUCCCUGCAUGAACACUGUCGCAUUUCGUUCCAUCCUACACGACACCGCCUCCGGUUUUCUCAAGUAUAUCGAAGCCAACUUGGCGGAUGUCCGAGAACAUCAAAGAGUACCACUUCGAAAGGCUCAGGCUGCCGCCGAAUUGGGAGGGAGAGAACUGUUCAACUCGCUCUUUAUUUUGCAAAAGGCUCCAUCCACAAACACCACCAAGGCAAUGUGGAGUUCUGUUGACGGCACAUCCGCGGUCGAGUAUCCGGUCUGUGUUGAAGUAGAGGCAGUUCAAGAUCUACUUCACUGGCGAUUAGCCUGCAAAGCGGAAUGCUUCACAGAGAACGAUUCUAAGGGGAUAUUGGAUAAGUUGGAUCAAGUCUUGGGAUAUAUCUUAACUUAUCCCGACGCAGAAAUCCUGUCUUUUGGUGGCAACAAUGUGUCCAUUUGCGGUUUACCCAGGGGGGCAAUGACAGAACGGGCCGUUGAGAACCGCACAAGUGACGCGGCUCUCUAUGAAGACCAAAACACGGCCUAUUCAUGGAGCAAGAUCGGCAUACUCAUUCGCCAAGUUCUAUCAGAUGUAUCCUCCAUGCCUGUGGAAUCCAUUAUGCCCACUGCUACGCUCUUUCACUUAGGUCUGGAUUCCAUCAGCGCUAUCAAGGUUUCGCUGCUGCUGCGCAAAGUAGAUAUUGACAUCAAGCCUCGGUACCUCAUUGAAGCCAAUUGUAUCGAAGAAAUCGUGCAUCUUGCUGAGGAGGACCCUGUAUCUCAACGGAUUGUUCCCGAUGAAGUCAGCCAGUGGACUAUGCCGCCAGCCAUAUCUCGAAACGAUCUCAUCAAGAGCUGCAAACUAUCUGAGGAAGACAUCCAAACUGUUAUACCGGCAACAUCCCUACAAGUUCAUAUGCUGAGUGCAUGGCAAAAUUCCGGUGGAUCAGUGUUUUAUCCCAAGUUCUGCUACAAAAUUACUGGGGGCCAUACCGGUAUCCAACUUGUUGAGGCAUGGGAACGCGUUGUUGGAAAGGUGCCAAUCUUACGGUCCUUGCUCAUCUCCACUGGUGACACAGAGUUACCAUGGGUUCAAGUAAUCCUAAGCCCGGAUGCAACUCGCAAGAACAGCACAGGUCUUCUCUUAUGGAAUCUUUCCGUUUCAGAAUCCGAAUGCCCAGGAACCUGGUCAAUUCAACUGAAUAUUCACCACUCUUUGUACGAUGGCUUUAGUCUACCAAAACUCAUGCAACUCUACCACGAAGAAUUGUUCAAUAAGGCAAGUGGCGCUGGUUCAUCUGGUCUUGAUAUCACAAGUUGGCAAAACUAUUCAAUACAUCCACUGCUGCCCGAAAACAUUGAGUCCAGGCAACAAUUUUGGGUCGAAUACUUGACCGGGUCGCUAAGCCAUUACCGGAAGCCCACAAAGUCAGAAGUCAAAAUACCAUAUUCCACCCAGCGGGUGUCGUACUUGAGAAAGGAAGCCUCAUCCUACGCAGAAGCUUUACGGAAACUCGCAUCUAUGCACGGCAUAACGCUACAGUCUCUUUUCUUGGCCGCCUGCGCCAGAACCCUAUUAGUCAAUGAGAGUGCCCAAAAGAGUACGCGGUCAGUCAUAUUGGGUGCCUAUCUAGCCAAUCGAAACACGGAGCACGACGAUCUCGACGCAACAUAUCCAACCUUGAAUCUGGUCCCCCUACGUGUUAACUUCGAUCCCGUAGAAACUUUGACCGGAGUUGCUGUAGCGAUUCAAAAGGACCUACGUCUUCUUCAAUCCAGCGGUAGGGCACGUGUUGGGCUUUGGGAGAUUUACAAGUGGACAGGCAUCCGGAUUACAACAUUUGUCAAUUUUCUGUCACUUUUGGAUGACAAUGACGAACCAGAAGGGGUUGGUCUAUUAAGAAACAUGGCCGGCGAUGAAUUGUCAGCAAGUGACUCAGAAAUCUUGAAUCAGCCUUGGCUGCACAAUAAUGUUGUCAGAGAAGCCUACCCAGUAAGUUCUCCCACUUCUAUAACCUUUUAUUUUGUCUCAUUACUGAACGGUAUUUCCCAGGCAUCACUGGAUAUUGAGGCGUCAGUUCACAAUGGUAGUUUGGACAUUGGUAUAUUUGCAUCCACGGAUAGGUUGUCACAAGAUGAUGCGCCUCGAAUCGUGGAUGGCAUAGUGGAGCAUUUGGGGAGCAUAGAAUAA